AUGACUUUCAAAGGCUCCAAGCCUUUGAGAGCUGCCAAGGGCACCAAGUCCCUGGCACUUGGUGGGGGACACACCAAAUGUUCCCCUGGCAUAAUAGAUGUUGAAGAGAACAUACCAUUGACCAUGAAAGAAAGUGAGAAAAGAUCAGCAAAGGAAGGGGGAGACACAAGCCUCAAACUCACCAGCAGGAAAAGUGAAAGAGUCUUGUCUCAGAUGGAACAAGGCAGACCUGGGGGUAGCCACAGAAAACCAUUGGCCUUAAUAGAUGACAGAGAGAAUGCUGCCUUAAGCAGGAAAGUAAGAAACCAAGGAAGGGAGAUGCAAACCUUGAACUCACCAAUGGGCAAAGUGAACAGAGUCUUGUCUGAGAAGGAGAAGGCAGAGAUGGGGGCAGCCAAGGACAAAUGUCAACCUUAA